GCACAGUGUCCCAUAGACUCUGCAGGGUGGAAUCAGCCGGCCGACCAUGACCGCUUUUAUUUUCUUCCUUGUACCACUUUGGGCGGCCAUCUUGUCCAUGGAACUACACAGGCUUUCAGGAACCAAAGGAGACUCCAUCUUGUUUCCAGUCCAGGUUCCCAACCACACGGAAGUCUUUAGUGUCUUAUGGACUCAUAAUGACAAGAUCCUGGCUGUAGCCAAGCAGCAACAACUCGAAGUAAAGAACAUGCGCUUUAAUGGUCGCCUACAGGCCAUGGGCCCGGGAUACUCCUUAAUUUUGACUCAUUUAGAAACAGACGACAGCGGAAAGUACACAGCGCAGAUAUUUACCGACUCAGAGCCUGGCGCAACGCGGAUCUCCUUCAUUCUGCAAGUCGAUGACAAAAGUACAGCAGGCAGAUCGUCUUGCACGCUCAUUUUCACACUUUUUAUCACCACGGGGGGCCUGUGCUUCAACGCCUUCGCUGCUACGGGAGCAUAACGGCUUUGCCAAGUCUGGACCUUUCCAUACUCCCAGCUGGAACUGAAUACAAUCAUUAAUGUAAGGAAGCUAUCAAUCAUUUUGGGGUCCUUUGGGCCCCCCACAGGUUCAUCAUUGCACCCUGUCUCAGUCAAUGAGCAACUGUGAACUAUUGUGUCCAGCUGAGUACCUACCUGCGAAUAAACCUUCCUGCCCCAA